AUGAUGCCUCCUUCUCAGCCACCCCAUUGGGCCCCAUCUCCAUCUCCAUCUCCAACACCAAUACUCAACAAAUCUUUUCUACCACCGCCGUCAAACUCGCCGGCGGUUGACUUCAGUCCCCCCUUGAUAGCAAUGGUCGUCGUCGUCGCGGCAGCCUUUCUAGUCGUCACCUACUCCCGCCUCAUCGCGCGCCACCUCAGGCCACCAAUCCACCGCCUCAUCCUGCGCUUCCGGAGGCGGCGGCGCUUUCCCCCGUCAUCCGUUGGCGACCUCGAGUCCCUACCCUACGACUCUCCUUUUGAUGGCCCACGCGUGUUCUCUCCCUACGGUUUAGACGAAACUGUGAUUAAGACGAUUCCGUUUUCUAUUUACACUGCGAAAUACGACGCGCGUUUCGAGGAGUCUCGCAACGACUGCGCCGUUUGCUUGCUUGAAUUCGAAGACGAAGACUACGUGAGAACGCUUCCCGUUUGUUCACACACUUUCCACGUGGACUGCAUCGAUGCGUGGCUUCGCUCGCACGCUAACUGCCCUCUCUGCCGCGCUGGAGUUCUCUGCGCCGAUUCGCCUUUCACUCCGAUGAUGGCGGCACGAAUCCGACCAAGCCUCGACGACGAAACAAUCCUCCACCGCAUAAGUAUGGACCCUCUACUCGAUCCGCCGCUGCCUGCAGCAAUCUCCGCUGUGCCAGAGAUAACACCAUGCAUAGAGGAGCAAUCGCCGAGGAGGAACCAGAAUCACGCGAACGUUAAUUCAGAGGAUUGUUUCGGGGAUUUUCUGCUGAAGAGGUCUUAUUCGUUUGGGUUUGAACGGAGUGUCGCGUCGGAGAGGAUGGUGAUGGAACCCGCCACGGCGUCGCCGUGGCGGUACAGGAGAGGGAGUAAUAGUUUCUGGAGCAAGAGGCCAUCUCCGUUUGGGUCUUUGGGGAAACCAAGGGUGUUUUCGUUUCGGUAUUAUAGAGGGAUGAAAUCACCGUUCUUCCGGCGGAGAGGAUUUUUCCCGUUGUCGGAGUCGAGCGUGAGGUACGGCGGCGGAAGCUCGUCGCGGCGGAGCAAAUCGAUUGCGAGUCCGAUGUUUCUGCGUUCGUCGGGGUUGGCCGCGGCGGCGUUCUCGUCAAGCCGGCUGAGGUGCGGGGAUCCCGAGGCACUGCUGUCGCCGGAGAGGUUUAACCGGAGGUGA